CAAGCUUGCGCAGACAUGUGUGGGACCCAUUUUGAGCAGGCAAAUCAAGGAGGCGGAAGCGUCAAUCAACUGGGCGGGACGUUCCUCAACGGCAGACCUCUCCCGGACUCCAAGAGGAGGAAAAUGGUGGAGCUGGCCUCGGAGGGGGUGCGCCCAAGCCAGAUCUCCAGGAUCCUGAGGGUAUCCACGGGCUGCGUGAGUAAGAUCCUGAGCCGCUACCGCCUCACCGGCCUCCUCCGGCCCAAGACGAUCGGCGGGAGCCGACCGCGACUCCUCACGCCCGCCGUCAUCGCCGCCGUCGUCCGGCACAAGCGGGACAAGCCGUCCGUUUUCGCCUGGGAGAUCAGGAGGAGCCUGCUGGCCGCCAGGAGCUGCGAGGCCUCCAAAGUGCCCAGCGUGUCAUCCAUAAACCGGAUUUUAAGGCAGAUCCCCUUGGACCAGGGACCGUGGUGUGACACACACUUUCACGCUGAAUACACUUUGUGCGACACCGCACAAGAAGUAGCCGCCGAUGCAGCAAAUCCCAAAGGUUCCCACCAGCGAAUCCGGACCGCCUUCACUCCGGAGCAGAGCAAAGUGUUGGAAGAAGAGUUCUCCCAUAGCCAGUACGCCGACGUGUACACCAGAGAGAAGCUCUCCGCCCGGAUCCGAUUGCCAGAGGAGACCAUCAAGGUGUGGUUCUCAAACAGAAGGGCCAAGUGGAGGAGAGAGUUUCAACUUACUGUCGUACAUCCCGGAGUGCAAGACGGCAUCCAAACUCCACAGGUAGUUCGAAGCAACAUUUGUACGCACACCGCAGAGACAUUUAUACGGUUUAUCGUGCUGGCAGAUGACCACAGCGCCGCACUACAGCGCAUCGCGGGGGUUCCCCAACGGCUGCACAGGGUGCCCCCGCUUCACCAGCAGCACCCCGAAGACACCAGGACACGUGACGCAAGAGCGGACUUGCCCUUUACCUCUCUCACGUUGAACCGCUAUCGUCACAGCGCGCGAGAUAAGCCCUGGGCUUGACCUGGAGCGCCACCUGGAGGAAGAAAACAUCACUUUCA